AGAUAAUUUUACCCGAUGCUUAUUUCACGCAACACGAGGGUGGCUGGGAGAGGGCUCCUGCCUGGUGUACGAGCAGUGGCCUCGAUAAUCUCUGGUAAAUAUAAUGUCCAAAAAGGGCUCCAGCUGAGAUAUAACGUUAAAUGGAAGCCACUGAUUAACGCAAGGAUGGCAAGUGGUGGAAACAGUCGUUCUUCCACGCCUGACGUGGACUAUACUGAAGCUGACACCGAGUCAGAUCAGAUGGACACUGAGGAUUUGUCGAAGAGUACGGAGAUGGAUCACCAGGAGCCAUGCUUAAUGCCGAACCCAAUAGAGCGUGGCAUCAUGAUCCUGAGACGGGCAAAUUCAGACACAGAAAAAUUUGCUGCCCUCCUCAUGGUGACGAAACUCAUCAAGGCAGAACAGCUGGACGAAGAUUCAAAGAAAAGGAUAAUGGAUGCUGUGGGACUGGACUUCUUGGCGCGGCUCUUGAAAACCAGUGAUGUUCCCGAAGGCUGUCCUCCCUUCAUGUUUAAGUCAAUAGCCCUCACGAUUCUAACCUGUUUCAUUUCUUCCUGUGUGGGGAAUCCGACCUUGUAUGGCCUUAUACCCGUGUUGAGCGACAUCAUAUCAAAGCCAGAAUUAUAUGACGGUGAUUUGACUCUAGUAAAAGAUUCCUUUCAGUGCUUAAAAUGCAUUUCAUCGGAGAGAAGCGGAAGAAAAGCCAUAAUAGACUUUGAGGCGGUGGGGCCCCUAGUGGAUGCUUACGUUGCGGAGAGCUUCUGUUACGAGGAGGCGCUAGAAAUCUUGCUCUUAGUGUUGGCCGAGGAAGGUCCAAGGACGUGGGAGGAUGAACCAGAGGCUUUUACCAAACUUAUGGAUAAUAUGGCUCAUGAAUUUGCAGUCGACCAAACUGAAAGAAAGUUUAACCUGUGUGAGUUUAUCACAGAACUGUUACAAAGCUUGCCUAUUACCGCUACUUCAACAGGAAGUCCAUCUUGGAAGAAGGACUUGCACAAAGGGUUGUCUGAUAUGAUUUUAAGCAAAUUAGGUCGUGAACAAAGGGACAAAGCUUUAAGAUUGGCAGGUGUGGCCAUGGAGAAUCUUGGUGUUUCGUGGAUCUUGCAGGCGGAUAACGGGGCUCCAGCUGAUGGCAAGGGGAGGCAGGUGCUCUUAAUGAUGGUUCAUUUAGCUUGCAUUGAAGUAAGGAUGAGCUUGGAAGAUAAGACUUUCAAUGAGGCAGUUGCUUUAGCUUCCCCUACAACUGCUUGCUAUACAAUUCUUGAAUUAGCCAUCAACUUCUUGGUAAAUGGAGCUGUAAAUUUUGAACAAAAACAAAAACAGCAGUUGUAUGCUGCCUUGAAAGGGGCCUUUAAUGCUGUUCUGAUCUUUCUAAAAGCUUCAUUUGACGAAUCGUUUUCUGAAAAUCCGAGGAAUCACCUUUUUGUGUGUGCCACCAUCCGUGUCCUUGGUGCUUGGUUAGCUGAAGAAACGGCUGCUAAUAAGGAGGAAGUUUAUGCAACAAUACCAUUUAUAAUCAAAACUUGUAGGUAUAACUUUGAUUGGAACAAUAAAAGGGCUGCCUUAAAAUCCAAAAAGAAAAGCCAGUCAAAAUUUAGUUCAAAAGACGAUGAUGAAAAUUUGCCCGAUAUCUUUAGGUUCCUUUUACCUGGUUUGUGUCAUCUCACAGCAGAAGAUAAGCCAAGAUCUCUUUUAUUGGAGCUUGAGUUAGAAAAUCUCUUAUUUGAAUAUUUACAUUACCAUUGGAAUAGCAUAAGAUGUGUAUUUGGGCCUCAAAGCAAAUCAGAGGAGUUAGAAAUGCCAGCAGAUAUAGUCAAUUCAGCCACAGAAGCCAUGGAAACAAUCUGUAACAUUUUUAUGAAUAUUGUGGUACAAGAACCAGAAAAGGUCAAGAUAGAUCCAUUUUAUUAUUCACUACUUAAAUUCAUAUUCAUGAAAGUGCCGGAUAUUCCUUCAGAAAGUCCGCACCUCAGAUUGUGUGGAAACUUUUCAAUUCUUGGGUUAAUGAUUCUCAGGCACCAACAUCCAAAUGUGAAAAGCACUGACUUCACCAUUUUUAGAUUUGUGCAGACCACUGUGCGUUUCCUCUGGGAUGCCCAUAAUGUCGAGGAGAGUCAUGAUUAUGCCACUUUAGUCGUUUCCACAAAAUAUGAAUCUCACUGGGGAAGCCUGAUGGACUUGUGGUUCCUCGGAAUGCAUACCCUCAGCCUUCUCCUCCCAUCAAUUCCUUGGCUGUGCGACUUCUUGAUAGAAAGCGAGUGGCCACAGACUAUUAUCCUAACCCUCAUAUCAGUCAGAGACGGUGGCUUAGACCCAGGUCUAAAGAGCGCUCUGGAGGACUUCCUCUGCCUUCUGGCAAAGUCCUCUAGAGCUGCUUUCAAUAUCAUGAAGGAGAAAGGAGUUGAUCAGGUGUGUAAGAAUCACAAGUUUGAAGAGUUGUCAAAAGUAUUUAGUUUGAGCACUGAUAAGAGUGAAAACACUGUAGCGUCAUGGCUUCAAAACAAAGGCUUUUCCGCAGAAGAAAGCCAGGACAUAACCAAGGCGUUUCUUCAAGAGUUUCGACAAGCUCCGGCUCCCGAUUUCGAAACAGAUGAAGCCGGACUGGACAAGUGGCGGCAGGAUAUCUGGGCGCGGGUUUUACCAGAAGAUCGGCAUGAAAUCUUAGACGAGCUGUACUCGCUAUGGAAGUCAGAAAGAUUAAACCAGCUGUCUCUGAAGCCGAGUGUAACCAGCAUGCUCGACGAACUGGCGACUGACUUCAACUUAGGACUGAUCACCAAUGGACCAUCUGUUGCUCAAUGGGAAAAGAUAAACGAAAUUGGCUGUAAGAAGUAUUUCGAUUCCAUCAUCGUUAGUGGAGAUCUGGAAGUUGAGAAGCCUGAUAAGGAUAUUUAUCAUAUGGCUUGCGGAGAACUGCAGGUGAGACCCUCUGAAUGCAUCAUGGUCGGCGACAAACUGGAGACCGACAUCCUUGGAGGCCUGAACGCCGGCCUGGCAGCGACGGUCUGGAUCAACAGCAAGAACAAAGACCCGUCGAAGGAAGUCCAGCCAGCCUUCACCAUAACCGACGUGACGCAGCUCCCUGACAUCCUGCCCAACCUGACUACGAUUCUCCAGACGGAGGAUCAAACCCACGGUUGCGAUUGAUGGCGUGACAUGUGUGAUAGUUUUUUGUUUUAUCUAUAGGGAGUCCAGUGUUAGUGAUUCAGGAUGGCGUUAUUGAUUGUGAUUUGUUUGAUAUCGCCGUGCGCACGGACAGAGGGCUUGUUGCUGUGUCAUGCACCAAGGACACUUUUCUGAAUACUAUGGUAGACGCGCGCACGCGCACACACGCACACACACACACACACACACACACACACACACACACACACACACACACACACACA